GCCAUCAACACAGCCAUCAUACUCUUGUUCAAUCUGGCUAACCGUCUUACAGCAACAAUCUCAAUACAAGUUGUCCAACUACCCCAAUGCCGAGGCACGCUUUGUAAGGAUGACUUCAUUCCGCCCAGCCAAACAAGAUGGCCAAACCCUAAACAAGUCCACCGUAUCUUUUAGUGAAGCUCGAUACUACACGCCAGAAAUCGUCACUGUGCUGUCAUGCGCAAAGCUAAAACCGCCAUUCCGUAUAAAAAGCGGCACGCAGCUGCUGUCCAGCUCCCAUUCUCAAAAUCGCAGCAUCACAUCCAUGCACUUGAUACAAACCAAUCAAUAACCAAGGCUUCAAUCAUCCAACCGCCCGUCACAAUGAAGAAAGCUGCGCCUGCGGCAAACGCUGCCCGAGAUGCCGGAUCCCACGAUCAUCUUCUCCAAGGUGGCCACGCCAUCAUGAAGGACGACAUUGAGGAGGAUUUCGGCACUUCCAAGAUGUCCGAGAAUAUGUCGAAGCAGUCCGGCCUUGGAGGAACCAAGUCUGGCAACAUGCAAGGUGGCGGCGGCACUGAUGCUCAAUUUGGUGACAGCAUGAGGCAGCGAGACACUCAAAGCCAUGUAGGUCAAACAUGCGUUGCAAUGCCAUUCUGCUGACUGGUUUGAGUGAUGAAUACGACCACGUAAAACGAGCUGCGUUGCCGAAUCGAAAUAUUACAUCGGU